CCGAUGCAGCAAAGAGAGUCUUCAGUGUCCAACGUUUUAUCAGCUUCUGGCUUUACUUCUGAGAUACAGUCUCCAGGCUCCGACUCAAAUAAUACAACAAUUCAUUCUCGCAGGAAAAGCUCGCUGGCGCUCGAUACAGCGGAGAACGGCUUUCAAGAAGUCAUGCUUGACCAGAAAGACGAAAAAAUGACAAACAAUAAACAAAAUAGAAAGUGGCUCCGUGUAGCAAGCUUUCUUUUACUUCUUAUGUUUGUGACAUGGCUCUUUAUUCCUAAAGAAAAAUCUAACUCUGAUUCAGAACAGUCAAUUUCUGUUGAUCAUAGCACGCCUAUUCAGGAGGUACAGAUUCCUCAAGAUACCACUUCAAAAAUCACAUCUUCUCAUUGCACUGUUGCGUAUCCAGGGCGGCAAUUGAUCCAAUAUGCAUUGAUGCUUGACGCUGGUUCUACUGGGUCUCGUAUUCAUGUAUAUAAAUUUAAUUAUUGUAAAACAUCACCUGAAUUAGAAGAUGAAAUAUUUCAUCAUAUUCAACCAGGUCUUUCUGCCUACGCUGACGACACUGAUGCAGCUGCAAGAAGUUUGGAUGAGCUAUUGAAGGUAGCUUUGGAUAAUGUUCAUGAAGAAUUACACCAUUGUACACCAAUUGCUGUUAAAGCGACAGCUGGACUACGUUUGUUGGGUCAAGAAAAGAGUGCACGUAUUCUGGACGCUGUACAUUAUCAUCUAGAAACAAAUUACCCGUUUUACAUUGUUGAAGAUGAUGGUGUUGCGAUCAUGGAUGGUAAAGAUGAAGGGGUAUAUGCAUGGAUUACUGUCAACUAUUUAUUGGAAAAAAUUGGUUCACAAGUAAAAUUACAAACAGCCGCGAUAUUUGAUCUUGGUGGUGGGUCAACGCAAAUAGUAUUUGAACCGGAAAUGACGGAUGGUGCUGAAGUUGCGGAGGGAGAUCAUAGAUACGAGUUAGAAUAUGGAGGUCACAAAUAUGUUCUCUAUCAACACUCAUAUUUACAUUAUGGACUAAUGGAGGCAAGGAAAGCAAUUAAAAAUUUUGUUGUUGAUAUAUGGCGUGACAGAGAUAUAAGUUUGAUGGAAAAUGUUGAUUCUGAACAAAUUCCUUCAAAAGGCCACGUUCCUCAUCCUUGUUUCCCUAAAAAUUACACUGAAAUAUGGCCGUUGCCUGAUGAGGAUACCACCACGCUUAUUGGGACUGGUGCUGGACAUGCUCAGUGUCGGUUUAUCGUAGAGCAAGUGCUUAAUAAAACGAAAUCAUGCUCUUUAUCGCCUUGUUCGUUUAAUGGCGUAUAUCAGCCACCUAUCAGCGAAACAUUUUCUGACAAUGAAAUAUACAUAUUUUCAUAUUUCUACGAUCGAGUUAGUCCGUUAGGUAUGCCGUCUGAAUUUUCUCUAAAAGAGCUUCGGGAACUGACUGAUGAUGUAUGCAUUGGAGAUAUUGAGCAAUUCGAACAUUUACCGGAGGCGAUGAAAGAGCUUCGAAAGAAUCCUCAUUAUUGUAUGGAUUUAUCAUUUAUAUAUGGAUUAUUGCAUAUUGGGUAUGAAAUUCCACUAGAAAGAGAGGUUAAGAUGGCUAAAAAGAUCAAGGGCGUUGAAACUGGAUGGUGUCUUGGUGCGGCGAUUGCAAUAUUGGAUCAAAAGCAAUGGUGUAAAUCAUCAUGA